GACGAGAACAUCAUCGUAUUCCUGAUUCCUUGCUCUUGUGUGGCCUAAUUCUUGACACAUUGCUCUUACUCUUUACCAACAACGUUUCAGACCUGUGUCCAAACCUUCCAAGACACCAAUAGCUUAGAAGACUAAGUGCGAUACUAGCGACUGUGCCCCGCCACUUCCUCCAAGUCCGAAUAAGGGUCCUAAAAUGUGCUUCUUCGAUCAGCACCGUUUCGUCUGCGGCGAUUGGAAAUGGGGACAUUUCCGCCAGCAUUGCAACCGGGAAUACCGAAUGGGAGAAACCUGUGGUAUGAAACUGGUCAUGCAAACCUACCCGGUUGGCCAGAAAUGCAAGCUGUGCGAGAAGAUCGAUACAAAGAUGCGUCGACGACAGGCCGAGGUCGAACGAAUCAGUCGGUGGAACCGUGAAGGUAGCAAGUUCAGAGCCUCCAUCGAGAAAUCCACAGAUAUAAUUCGUCUACUGGACUCUGAAAUCUAUGAACUGGGCUGCGAAAGAAGUCGCAGAUUGCAAGGGAUCGGCAGUGCCCAUUGAGAGACCAGAAAGUUUGCUGAACGGAUGGGAACGACUGGUUGCCGUUUCAUGUACAUCAUUCUUUCAUACGCCUUCAGUAGGGUGUGAAAGACGAAGUCCACUCGCUUUGAGUUAUGGAAAGAAAUGGCGUUGACUUGGAACAAGAAUGACGAUUGAAGGAGCAAGGAGACUGUUCAUGGUACCUUUUACAAGCAUAUCAUGCUUCAAAUGAUUGUUAGCUUUAGCAAGCGUAAUGAUGAAACGACUUUCUU